AUGGCCGAGACCGACCCCGGCGAGCAGCGGGCGGCGGGCACCGGGCCGAGCACCGAAUGUGGUACCGAGCCGGGCACCGGGCCGGGCACCGAGUGCAUCACCGAGCGGGGCACCGAGCGCAUCACAGAGCCGGGCACCGAAUGCAUCACCGAGUCGGGCACCGAAUGCAUCACCGAGCCGGUCACUGGGCCGGGCACCGAGUGCAUCACCGAGCGGGGCGCCGAGUGCAUCACCGAGCGGGCCACCGGGCCGGGCACCGAGUGCAUCACCGAGCCGGGCACCGAGCGCAUCACCGAGCCGGGCACCGAGCGCAUCACCGGGCCGGGCACCGAACGCAUCACCGAGCCGGGCACCGAGUGCAUCACCGAGCCGGGCACCGAGCGCAUCACCGGGCCGGGCACUGGGCCGGGCACCGAGGCAGGCACGGCGGGGUGGCCGCGGCGCCCUCCCUACUCGUUCGUGGCGCUGAUCACCAUGGCCAUCCGGGCCAGCCCCGGGCAGCGGCUGCCUCUCAGCGGCAUCUACGCCUACAUCGCGGAGCGCUUCCCCUUCUACCGCGGCCCCAGCCGCCAGUGGCAGAACAGCGUCCGCCACAACCUCAGCCUCAACCCCUGCUUCCGACGGCUGCCCUGCCGCCGCGGCCGCGCCGGCGAGUGGGUGCUGGACCCCGCUUUCCAGGACAUGUACCCGGGGGGGAAUUACCACCUCCGCCGCCGCCGCGGCCUCUGCCGCCGCCCGCCCGCAUCGCCCCCGCCGCCCUCGAGGAUCCCCCCGGGCCCCGCCGCGCCCCGGGCCCCGCCGCUCUCGGGGAUGGCCUCGCUCCCCGCCGUUCUCCGGGCCCCGCCGCUCUCGGGGAUCCCCCGGGCCCCGCCGAGACCCCGCAGCUCCCCGAGCUCCGCCCGGGCCCCCGCCGCGCCCCGGGCCCCUGCCGCCUUUCCGGUGCCCCCGGGCUGGCCGCAGGGGCCCUGGGCAGCGCUGGUGCUGCCCCGCCGCUACCCGGAGCUGCCGACCCGGAGCCCGGCCGUGCCCCCGGGGCUGCCGCUGCCCGCCUGGGCGCUGCGCCCCGCCGAGCGGGACACGGCGGGGACCUGCGAGCUGGGGACCCGGCUGUCCCCCGCCUUCAGAUGA